AUGGAUUCAAUGAUGAGCCUGAUCGAGGCGGCUUCCAGCACUGUUGCCAAACAGUGCGAGGUCAUCACGAGAAUGGCGCGUGCCCUCGCCACGCAAGGUGCACUUUCCGCGUCCCAAACGAACGAUAUUUUAGAGGUUCAGAAAACUAUCAUCAAGACUAUCCAGUCCCAGGCAAGCACCAUACAGCGCUUGAAUGAAACUCAAGCGGCCAGCAAGUGCGACUUCGGCCGAAUAAUACCUGCCACGGCCUUCCCACGCUUCAACCAAUUGCCGCCCGAGAUUCGCGAGAUAGUUUGGGAGAUGGCACUGCCAGAUGCUCGCGUCUUCAUGCCGUAUGAGGACAAUGAAGGCUAUAUUGCUCUCGCUUUCACACUCGACCACAAACCUCCUGCUAUAUGA